AUGAAGCUCCUCCUCGUCCUUCUUCUCACCCUCUUCGCUGUGGUGGCUACCGCCGCCCCGCAAGACCUCACCAACGAGGAUGCCCCGGUCGAGGGCCCUCCGCCGAUGCGGCAAGGCGAUUGCGAUGACUGCGACGAUUUCAAGGACGACUGCCUCAAGAAAUGCUGGUGGGUCACGCCUGCUUGCAUCAAGGCAUGCUAUUGCUCGACUUCUCAAUAUAGGGAACCGCACUGCAAGAACGACUGCGGUUACAAGUGCUAG